UUCUUACAUAUCUGCUAAUUCAAUCUUGAUAUUUAUAUUUAUUUUUUUUCACAGUUAGGUGGUCGCCAGUGAGUUUAUAUAUUACACAAAUACACGUGUUGUUUAUAUUACUGCGAACCGGAAGGGUGGGACCAUAGAAGUUCUGCAAACUUUGCGUCACUUUCGAAUCAUUUGUUUAUUGCACUGCAAGAAAACCAGGAAGCAGAAGGACUUUAAAAAAAAUACAAUUCUUAGGUUUCAUGUUCUAAUCAGAUCAUUAUAAAUGAGGCGUAGGACAAGGAGUUGAAAUGUACCCGAGACUGUGUAAGGAGUAGCCUAUUUGAACUUGAACCGAAGUGUUGUCGGUGCGAUAUUUAUUUAAAUUCUGAGAGAGUUGGGAUUGGAACACUGAGGAAACUGAAGGACAAGUUCAGUAUAGCUGUUUAUACGGGAGUCUCUAGGUUUAAGAUUGGUAUAAAUAAAUAUUAAGUACCCUACACACCAGACACAAUGGGACAAAAUGAAUAGAACCAAUACUUUUGAUAAAUACCUUUCACACGACAGGCGACGCGGGGGAGACACCAGGGCGACACUGGAGCGACGCAAAAUAAGUUAGUGGUGGGGGCACUUUCAUAACAUGAGUCUCCAGCCACGACGGAUCCGUCUGAAACCCUGGCUGAUUUCCCAGGUGAACAGCGGGAAGUACCCUGGGCUGCAAUGGUUAGACCAUGAGCAAAAACACUUCCAGAUACCCUGGCGACAUGCUACCCGCUACGCCCCCAUGCAAGAGGACGAGAACACCGUCUUCAGGGCCUGGGCUUUGGAGACUGGGAAAUACCAGGAAGGCGUGGAUGAGCCAGAUCCAGCCAAGUGGAAAGCGAACCUGCGCUGUGCCCUCAACAAGAGUCGCGAGUUUAAACUGAAGUACGACGGGACAAAGGAAACCCCUGUUGAGCCAUUUAAAAUAUACGAGGUGUGCGACCAGCAAUGCAAUGGAGAUGCAGCUGAAGAUGAGGAAGAGGAGCUCCCAAACCUAGGUGGCCUCUCUAUUGCCCCCACCAGUUUCCCAUCUUAUCCACCAUUCAAGCAGGAACUGCAGUUCAACCCCUGUAUGAAUGGAACUUUUAUUCCUCGCAGUCUUCCCUCAAUGGAGCCAAUGCCUUGCAACAUCACCACCAACCCCAAUGGCAGUCUCGGUAUAAGAGAUGGUUCUUACCAAAGUGUGCCUGUGACUGCUAGUAACAUCCCUUUGCCAGAACAUACAGUGGGAAACCUCGGACAUGGAGGCUUUGCACAUGCCAAUACCCCGACAGGUCACGUAGAUAUGGCACAUGGAACCAUUCCUGCGGAAACACUUCCUCAAGUAGAAGUACCUCCACAGCUGUGUAUUAACGAUCUGCUCAUCAGUCCACAUAUGCUACCAUUGACAGAUUUAGAACUAAAAUUCCAGUAUCGUGGGAAGCAAGCUGGGACCUUGACUGUUAGUAACCCCCAGGGCUGUCGUCUGUACUACGGUAACUUGGAGCCCAUGCCAGACCAGGUGGAAUUGUUUGGGCCUGUGACGCUGCAGCAGGUGCUGUUCCCUAACACAAUGGAGAUUCCCAACGAGAAGCAACGUUACUACACCAACCAACUACUGGACGUCAUGGACAGAGGCCUCAUUCUGGAGAUCCACGGACAGGAUAUCUAUGCCAUACGCCUUUGCCAGUGUAAGGUAUACUGGUCUGGACCAGGAGUCUUGGAGGAAGCUGGGCCCAAUCCUAUCGAGAGGGAAAAGAAGAUCAAAAUAUUCAGCUUAAAUGACUUCCUUCAUGGACUGAUCCUAUAUCAGAAAGGAGAAACUAACGCCCCACCUCCCUUUGAAAUAUACUUCUGUUUUGGGGAGGAUUGGCCAGACAGGAAACCAAAAGAGAAAAAGCUUAUUAUUGUCCAGGUUGUCCCUGUGGUUGCUCGCAUUCUGACCGAGAUGUUUUCUGGUGAACUGUCCUGGUCGACCGACAGCAUCCGCCUGCAGAUCUCCAAUCCAGACCUGAAAGACCAGACGGUGGAGCAGUUCAAAGAGCUUCACCGGAUCUGGCAGAACCAACAGACUCAAGGGCAGUGGGGAGUGCAGCAACCUGACCUCCACUAAAGAACAGAAUACACUUGACAACAAAGAGCUCUUACAAACGGAUAUAUACUGAUGAUCGAUAUGUAGUGUAGAAGGAUAAAAACAAUUGAACAGGAGCCAUACUGAUCCAAAAGACUUAACAGAAAGAAGAAAAAAAACAGUAUGUACUAAACAAGUUGGCAGAUCAGCAUGGUUUGCCUUUUGUAAUCAUUUUAAAGCAUGACCCUCUUUUGGCACCAGUUGUUUUGCCACUUCAUUUUCUGAAUUUUAGUGUUAAAAUCAAGAAACUUGAAAAUUGUGGGCAGUCCGCACAUAGCUAAUUCCGCACGAGCUGAUCUCUUGAUUUAAAAAAAAAAAGGUAUUAGCAGCCUUGAGGACAGCAAAUGUAGGAAGUUAUGAACUUUAUUUUUUAAUAAUGUUACUUGCCUCCAACACGUGAUAACCACUGAAGUGUAAAUGAGUGA